AUGGAAACAUAUAAACAGUAUCAGAAGAAGUAUAGGCAAUUAACAAGAAAAGCAAAAGUUAUUUCAGUAAACAGACCCACAGGAUAUUCAAAUCAAAAAAGCAAAACAACAUGGCAUAUAACCAACAGUGAAAGAUAUCGCCAAAACAGUUGGUUGAACCAUGCUAAAACAUGUGGCCAACCAUCUCCCUCAAUGUUCCUGGAACCAGUGACGAAAACAGAACUCAUCAAAAUAAUCCAGAAAUUUAAACCUAAAAGUCUGCGGUGGACAACAUUUCUGGAGAAACACAAUAUUCUGAUUCCAACACAACAUGGUUUCCAAAAUGAGAAAUCUACAGAAACCAGCAUAUCAAGCCUCACAGAAUCCGUUAUAGAUUCAUUAGACAAAAGAAACUCUGCGCCUGCUAUGUUUCUGGAUUUGUCUAAAGCGAUUGACAUAAUCAUCUGCACUUCACUUAUUGAAAAACUAGAAAGCUACUGUAUUCGUUGA